UAUAAUUUUUUUAUAAUAAAUUGUCAAUGUUUUUGUUGCUUACACUAAAAGUGCAUUGUUAGAAACAAUACAAUAUAUAAAAAAACUUAUCGAUUUUAUCAUAAUUAUCUUAUCGUAUUGUAUGUGUUGGAAAAAAUAAGACCUUUGUUCGACUUUUUUGUUCAUUGUUUAUUUAGUGCCUUUUGGAGUGUGAUUGAAAAGUCUUCUUUUCUUUACUUGAAAAGUGUAGAAAUGUGUGACGCCUCAGAAAAAGGACUGGCGAUGUUUGGUGAAGUAAAGAGUGAUUACAGACAAAAGAGUUACAUUCGCCGCUUUUUCGAUUACAUAAUAAAUAGUUUUAAACAAAUUUUUGGAAAAGGAAAUCAGCAAUUAGCAACCAUACGCAAUGAAGGAUUUUUUAAAAUAAAAAUAGGAGAAGAAAUGAUCACUCAACUCUCUGAGAUGUUUUUGGAUUCCAAUUUCAUUAUCCCUUCUGGAUUUGUAACAGUUGUGGAAAUUCCUGUUUCAAUUGGUAAACAAUUAUAUGCAGCUUGCAUUGAAGCAAUUCUUCGAGAAAAAGAAGCACAAGAUGAGUUGCUAAAUGAAAUGGUAAAAGAACAAGAAGAAUUUAGAAAAAUCUUACAAGAACUGGGAGGUGAUUUUGACUAUUCUUCUGAGUACAUUGACGAUGAUGAAACUUAUUUGAUUGAAUUAAGGGGAGAAAUGGACUAUUGUGAAGUUGAUGGAGCUGAAACAUCUUCUAUUGCUACCUAUCGUCAAAAAGCCAAAAUACAUCUCAAAGAAAGAAAAAAAUUCUUGCAUGAAGCACAUAAAUAUGUGAAAUUGCAAAACAAAGAAUUGGCCAAACAAAACUUUGCUCAAGCUCAUAAACAUUUUAAACAAUAUGAAGAAGCAAGUAAAAUGGUGUUUAAGAUUCUUUUUGAAAAGUGUUUCAAACAAAUUUCAAAUCAAAGCUGCAUUGAUCUUCAUGGCUUUUCAGUUUACGAUGCUAUUCGAGUUCUAGAUGAAUUUCUAGAUAAGAAUAUUGAACAAUUAGAAAAUGAACCUUUAGAUGUAAAAUCUUUAAUGGUGAUAACGGGUCAAGGAAAGCAUAGUGCCAAUGGUAUUCCGAAAGUUAAGCCUGCUGUAUGUGGUAGGCUUACAAAAAGGGGUUUAAGAUACUCCAUGGUAAAUCCAGGACUUUUGAAAGUCGAGGUCCAAUUCGAUUCACUUUUGGCUGAGGAAGUGGAUAAUAGAUAGGUUUAUGUAAAUGUGUUGUAUGUACAUAUAACUUAGGGCACAUAAUUGUAAAAUUCUAAUAAGUUUGUUUUAUUAUGAAUUAUUCUAUAUGUUAUAAAAGGUUUGAUCCAUAAAUAAA